GUCUCAAAUGAAUGUUGUUUAGUUAUAUUUUGUAAGUUCCUUUACGGAAAUAAUUGCUCGAGGGUUAAGUAACGAGUGAUUUAUUUUUAUUUUUCUCUUGCAAAGGACACAGCUGAUCCGGAUUUCGUGUUCAAUUUAAUCUUUUCAUAGCUUCUCCAAAUAUUUUCGGGGUACUUCUGAGUGCAUGUUCAACAAUAAUAAUCAGCACGCUGUGAACAUAAAGAACUUGUCACAGUUUAUAAGAUACGAGAUUAUCAGCGUGAGAAUGAAACAGUUGAAGUUAAAGAACGUACGCGAGAGUAUAAGGUUUAAGUCAAACCUCAAACUAGGGCCAAUACCGUUUUGUCACGGUUCCUAGAAUUCGAAACUGGACAAAUCUGAAAUAAGCGAAACGUAUUGAUCCAGUUCGUGCGAUAGCAGGUGACAAUAUAUGCAGAGUGCGGAACUAUCUAAGCCAAAGAAAUACAAUUAUGCAAAUUACCGGGACGGCAAGGAAGUAAACGGAUUGGGUAAGUAAUUUCAAGAACAGAUUAAACAGAAAAAAAAGAAAAUGAUACUUGGAUGAUUAAAAGUAGCACUGCGAAUAACAAAGCCUGGACAACAUUGUUUUGCGAGCAAAUAUGGCGUCCCACGUUCUCACCCCGUAUUCUGUUGUUCGUGUGGUGUAUUUUAACGGCCUUCCGAAGUCUAUUGACCGACAUCAUUUUGUAGCGUGCGCUUAAAGACACUUCUUUGGGAAAAUAGAUUGCUUCAGAAGUUGUCAUAGGAGGGGGGGGGGGGGGAGAAAUGUUUUAGUUAUACCUUUGCCAUGUGUUUAUUAACUGUUCAAGUUACUGUUUUCAAGCACACAGAUAAGAUUGUCAGUCAUUCAAGAAAACUUUGAUAAGAAAACUUAUAAUAAGAAAACGGAAAGCACAGGUGUUUAAAAUUGUUAGAAAAAAUAUUAAUGAAGUGGGAAAUAGGAUUGGAAUUUCAUACUGUUGCAAUUGUUUCUAGCUUUUGGAAUUAGCAUAUCAAAGAGAGAAGAAGAAAAAGUUAUGAAAAAACACGCUUCGUUGUUUUAGGAUACAAAGUGUGAAUGGUAAACACCAGAAAAAUCUUGCAGAGUGUGUUAAUUAACCACUAAGACCAGAGAGAAAAAGACUUCUCUUUGAAGGUGACGGCACUGAAUCAAAUUAUCGCACCAAGGCAAGCCACCUUAUAACGGGAACCUAUUGUUACCGGUCAAGAAGCACCUUAAACGCCGACACCGCGAAUCAGAUAACACAAAACAUGCCUGGCUAAUCCGGGCGCUUGGAUCUCGCAUUUAGUUGGGCAGCAACCAGAUGCAAAGAGAAGGAUUAGCCGACGACACAAAGCGCCAAUAGUGGACAGGAAAAACUAAAGAAAGGAAAAGAAAUCCAGGGAGGAUAAAGUGAAAAAAGGCGAAAAAAAAACUUGUAGAACACGAUAGAGGUAAGAGAAAAUUAAUACGAUAAAUUGGAUACUAUUGUACAAGUCUUGGUUGCUUUCUAAUUAUCUCUAAGAAUCUUUCAAAUAAGAUAUUUCUAAAAAAGAAGCAUAGUGAUCAGAUGAAAACCUCAUCAAAUUACAAAUUGUGCCAUUAACAGCGAGGCUUUUUUAACAAAAAGGAAUGCUUUUGCUCAUUAACGAACAGCUAACAACGUGGGCUAACAUUGCUAAUAUUACAAGUAUUCCGUGCCCGAUAGAUGGGGAACCCAGAAAACCAGCAAAUAAAGACACAAUGUGGGAGAAACCAAUGUAGGAAUAUAAGUAUCUGUGUUGAAUACUAUUUUUUUCGCCGAAGUGAAACUCACGAAAAUCAAUUAUAAUAUUUUAACUAAUUGACAAUGAAAGCCGCGAGAAAGCGGACAACAGGAUUUCUUGUAAACCUAGUGCAAAAGCGGCAGCAUAGCGUAACUUUACUAGCGCAGCUUCCCUCGGUUUUCGAGAGAAACUUCGGAAAAUCCCCUGGCACCGCUAUGUAACACGGUGUGCAAUCAGAAAUGUGCUGCUAGGUUCGGCAAUGGUACGCGUGUUUUUCGUAAUAAUGAUGCCACUGUUAAAUAUAGUCUUGAGCACUCAGGCGAAAAACCUAUUAUUAUUCAGCUAGAACACACUUCAGCAACGCAACCAUGAGUGCAAGAUGUGGCCAUGUCUCAUCUGCUGCUGAAAUGUGCCCUUAUUUAGUGAAGAAACAUUAAGCUCGGAUGCCGGUCCUACAUUACGCCAUCACGCAAUACAACACGCGACAGGUGGAGAUGCUAACAGCACUCGGCGCCAACGUCAAUCAACAAGAUGCACGCAUGCGCACGCCACUACAGCUACUGUGCGAGAUGGAAAACCAGCAGCUGAGCGUGCGCUAUGCCAAGAUGCUGCUGGACAGAGGAGCGCGGGCAAGCGUCAGGACGACAUACGGGAACUCAGUGUUUUACUACGCAUGUCAAAAGCAGCGAAUACCACUGGUCAUGCUGCUGCUCCAGGAAAGAGAGGUGAAUCUCUUGGAACCCGAUUGCCAUGGCAACACGCCACUUCAUCAUGCUGUCUCCAAGGGCAACGUCAAAUUAACCGAGAUCCUGGUUCGCCAGAUGCGAAAAGAAGGUCUCGGGGUGGACACAGUCAACAACAGGGGCGAGACAGCCAAUAUGCUGGCCUCAAAGCAUGGGUUUUCUGUGUGCGCGGAGAUGCUAAGGACCUGGGGAGGAGCCUCGGAGACAAUGCGAGAUAGCACCGAGUUCCGUACCGCGAGAGAAUGGGGCGAGACGAAAACAGAGAGAAGAGUAGUCCAUGUGUCCAAGCAAUUCAGAGAAAAAUUCCCCCACAUCGCUAAGAGCCUGAAGGUCGAGGUACCGCUUAAGCCACAUUGCAACACUCCAAGGACCAGCAAACAGAGACUACCCAAAUUGGCACCGAGCACAACACCUAUCCACUCGCGUAAAGCAACAACAAAACCGGUCAAGCAAGUUUUACCGGACCUCCUAGACGUGUACAACCAACAAAUCGGCAGUAGCUACCGCCCGCCCGCCAUGCCACCGCCCCCAGUCCCUCACACCACCCCGCGAGAGAUGGAGGGGGAGGACUGGCAAGGGCCUGUGAUUGGUGGAACGAUGCAGAAGUCACUUUCACUUGACAGCUUAAUUGGAUGCAAGGAUAAGCGGUUGCACGGGCAACGUGGGCUUGUGUGGAAAACCUGGGCAGGAAAACUGAAGCGCAAGUCUUUAGCGGGUUCGUAAUUCAAUUUCAAAGAAUAUUUACAUAGUCUCCAGCAUAGAGCUACCCCCCGGGCAUACAUUUCCUGGCAACCGAAAAAACAAAUCAGCUUAUCUACUCGUCACGGCACAGAAGCAGAGGUAGUCACGCGUCACGCCAUGAAGUCACGCAAUAAGGAAACAGGGAAUUUAUGGCUGUAUAGACCUACUCUUCACGGCACAGAAGCGGAGGUAGUCAUGCGUCAAGCCAUGAAGUCACGCAAUAAGGAAACAGGGAACUGAUGGCUGUACAAGACCUACUCGUCACGGCACAAAAGAAGGCACGCGUCACGCCAUUAUGUCACGCAAAUAGGAUACUUUAAAGACAGGAAGCUGAUGGGCUGUACAGACCUAUUCGCCACGGUACAUAUACAGGGGUAAUCAGGCAUCACGCCAUGAAGUCACGCAAUCUGGAGACUACGUAUUUGAGUAUUUGCAUGACUUGCAUGUAUUUUGUUUAAAAAUAAACCAGUUCAACUUAAA